AUGGACUACUAUGAUUCCGAUGGAGAUACUCCUAAGUCGCCUGGCCUUGUCGCUAUCGCAUCGAAUCCAAAUGAAAAGUCUCCGACCUUCGCUACCACACCACUGUGGCUGAGUGAAGAUACAUAUGGGUGUCCAAUAAGCUUGACUGAUUCGGACCGUGCUCCUUUCAGCUACAUAGAUUGCUCAACUUGGCAAUCAGCCUAUGGUAAACUUGAAGCCUUGAGAGAAUACGAGAGAUUCGAGGACACGUUACUGCUUCACCACAUGGAACCCAAUCGGCCUGACCUUACUUUGUGUCUCGGUUCGACCACUGUCGCCAGUGAUAGCGAAAGUGAGGACGAUUCAUCAGAUCCCCUGUACGAUUGGAAACAAGCCCGUAAGGAUAAAAGGCGAUUCAUCAAACGUUUAAGAAGGAAACAUAAAUUCGACAAACGUAUAAGCAGGAGACAUAAAUUCGACUCAAGAAACAGAAUACAUUAUGAAGAUGAUCCCCUUGCUACAACCUUGCUGUUUCAUGAAUUUACACAAGACUAUAUGGACAAUCGGAAGCUUCAGGUCUUGCAAAGGGAUAUGGUUUGUAAAGCGGAGAACUUCAGACGAGAUGACCUACCCACUUUCUUCCACAUCGCAGGCACAGCCAAGAGUACUGGGCGCCGGGGUCCGUAUGUUUAUCAAAGUGAAAUCCCUCCAUUUGAACGCUUGGUACCACGUAUACUACGUGGAUCAAGUCACGGUCUUCCUCUGACUCUUAACACACCAUAUGGCCCCGAGCCAGUGAUUACUUAUCCAGACACAGGUUCUGACGUAAACAUUAUCCCCGAAUCAACCGCCCGUCGCUUUGGUUACACGACGUCUGACUUCAACCCAUGUGAGGUGUCACUGAGAUUGCCGAGAGGCAGACUCGUAGAACCCAUUGGAGAAUUGAAGAUCGGCUUUUGGUUUGGAACACGCCUCGAACCAAACGGAGAGCUCGAAACAACUUCCUUCUACGUACUUCCAGGGGCCAGUACGAUCUUCAUAGGCGUAGCUGUCCUCGACGAAACCAAGACCAUGACGAAGCACAGGAAUAGACUCAUAAAAGUUCCACGCGCAAACCUAGGCAUCUCAUCAGUGUGCUCAGUCGGAAAACCGAGGUUUCAGGUGGUGUGCGACAUAGAUCACGGAUCCAUAGUAGCAUUGGCCGAUACAGGUUCGGACGUCGACUUGAUUUCCCCAGAAUUUGCUCAGGAUAGGAACUUCGAGAUACACCCUGCAGAGCAUGUUGUCGAACUUGCUGAUGGCAGUCACGUAGUCAGCUACGGCUUCGUCCGUACCACCAUCUCUAUCGGCACACACCUCGACUCAACCGACGCACCUCUUAGCAAAGCUUCCAUAUCUGUUGAUUGUUUCGUGCUCGAAGAUCUUGGCCACAACGUCAUUCUAGGCGAACAGAGUCUAGAUCAACUGCGCGUUUUUACGGAGAAUCAACAUGUACUAUUCCUUGCGUCAAACAUCGAUGCGGCUACGGAAUUGAAUCGGGUACAUAUCCUAGGCAGAAUUUCAAGCUGGAUCAAGGACAAUUUUGAUCGUACCACAAGCCAAAUCAAUACAAACGGUUACGAAGUUGCUGGUCUUGAUGAUCAGAGAGAGAACGCUCGACUCGAACAUGAGGCUGCUCCAGUCACGACUCAAGCGAACACAGACAGUGCAACAAACAUACCAUCAAUACCUCCAUCGACAGCUUCUGCACCUCGCCUGAUCCAACUACCGCCCACUCAGAGCUUCGCAUGUUCGUUUCCGGGAUGCCAAGAAGCACCCUUCCCAGCGAAGUAUCUUUUGAUGUACGGCUUGUCAGAUCGUCAUUUGGUCUAA